AUGGCCAACUCUCAACAACCCCCCUUCCGUGUCCUUAUCGUCGGCGGCUCUGUCGCAGGCCUUACCCUCGCGCACUGUCUGGAGCGGGCAAACAUCGAAUACCUGGUCCUGGAAAAAGGGAACGAUAUUGCCCCGCAGGUCGGUGCUUCAAUAGGUAUUAUGCCGAAUGGUGGACGGAUCCUUGAGCAACUGGGUCUGUUCGAUGAUAUCGAACGAGUGAUUGAACCUUUGUAUCAGGCGAAUAUCAUUUAUCCGGAUGGGUACAGCUUUAGUAAUGUCUAUCCAAAGGUUGUGGGGGAUAGGUUCGGAUAUCCGAUUGCGUUUCUCGAUCGACAACGCUUCCUGCAGAUUGUGUAUGAGAGGCUUCGCGCGAAGCAGAAUGUUCUAACGGGGAAAAGGGUGGUUGGGGUGCGACCGUUGGACCAUGGUGUUGCUGUUGUUACGACUGAUGGGUCGGUGUAUGAGGGUGAUCUCGUGGUUGGUGCUGAUGGGGUGCAUAGUCGAGUGAGAAGCAUGACGGUUGAAUAUGCCUGCGUAUUUGGAAUCUCCUCGGCCAUCCCAGGUCUUGAGAUAAGCGAGCAGAUCAACGGGAUAUUCGACCACUUGUCCGUGCUGACGAUCCAUGGCAGACAUGGUCGGAUAUUCUGGUUUGUGAUCCAAAAGCUGGACAAGAAGUAUGUCUAUCCCGAUGUCCCACGAUUCUCAGACAAGGACGCCGAACGGCUUCUCUAUCGACUCAAGCAUGUGCGGUUCUGGAAGGAUAUCUGCGUGGGCGAUCUGUGGAAGAAUCGAGAGGUGUUCUCGAUGACGGCUCUGGAGGAGGGCUUCUUCGAGACGUGGCAUUAUGAGCGGAUGGUUUUGGCGGGUGAUAGUGUUCACAAGAUGACACCCAACUUUGGCCAGGGUGCCAAUUGCGCUUUUGAGGAUGCUGCCACACUCUCGUCCCUUCUUCACGAUCUCGUCAACGUACGCGGCGUCUGCAAGCCAUCGAACGCCCAGAUUGAACAUCUCCUGCAGCAGUACCGGCAGACUCGAUAUGCCCGCAUGGUAGGCAUGUGUCGCACCGCGGCCUCGGUCUCCCGCGUUCAGGCCCGAGAUGGCUUCCUCAACACCGUCUUUGGGCGCUACUGGGCUCCGUAUGCGGGCAACUUGCCAGCUGACAUGGCAUCCAAGGUCAUUGCGGAUGCGGAGGUGGUUUCGUUUCUGCCUUUGCCGGAGCGCACGGGACCGGGCUGGAAAAAGUACCGGCGGAAGAGGACGACUGGGGGACACGUCGGAUGGGCCGUUCUCUUCUUCGCCUUAUUUGUGUUGGGGUGGUGUUGCAUUGGGCUUCCACAGAUCAAUUUUAUGUUUGCUAGAUGGUGA